CGGUGCUGAAUGGUGUCUGGUGUCUAGGCUGCCCUUGAGGAUCGUUAGAUGAAAGAAACAAUCUACAACUUUACACAAUCCAUUUAUGGCAACAACCAAGAACAGUUUAAUCAAAGUAUAUGUUAGGGUUAUAGUUCUAAACUGGCUGAGAUGCACUAUUGAAAUGGCUAACAGAACAAAUCCGCAAGAUUAUAUUUGGUCUUACGAAUAUUAUGUGGGCUAUCUAGACUUACCCUCAGUUGACGCAACAAAACUGAAGGCACACAGAUAUUCAAUUGUCAUAGCCUUUUGGAUUGGACUUGCUGCCUUUGUAGCAUUUCUCUUCUUUAUUUUGUUCUACAUCUCUCAGACCGGUUAUGCACCAAUGAAGAAUGGAAGACCACACAAACAGUUUCCAUGGAAUUAUUCAAAAAAUAAACAUCCUCAAGAUGUGGUUACUAACCGUGCUGAACCAAACCUUGCAGAAAACCAAGUGGAAGAAACAAAGGUUCAAGAUUAAGUCAUGAACGGAAAUAGAAUGGCACAGACUGGUGUCUUGGGAGAAAUUGGCAAAGAUAUGGGGGGCGGUGAGGAACGAUUUAGGAAUUCUCCAUCUAGAUGUAUUUUUCACCAUAUGGGAUACUAUAGGGGCUUAGGCAAACCCCUCCAUCAUUUUCCUUAGCCAAUUUUGAUCAACUUGUCAGUUGAACAGUCAAAUAUUCAUAGUCUUUUUUUAAUCACAGUAAAUGUUGCAAUCAAUCAUUAAUGUCAUUGUGUAGAUUGUGCCAGCUUUUUAUUUGUUAUACCCUUUUUAUUUUGUUAUAUUGCCGUUUGUUACCAAGGGCAAACAGUUACAUACCACCUAGUCCUGCAGCACUCAUAGUUAAGUUACUUGCCACCUUCUUUGACUGCAAGAAUUGGUCUACUACUGUUUGCUUAGCAUAAUGGUCCGUUUUAAAAAGACCUUUCUAGGUUGUAUUUUCAUAUUCCUGAGAGUUUUUUAAAAUUGUAGUUUCAGAAAAGGAGCCUAACAGAAUUUUUUCAACAAAGUAUACACAUUUAUAGAAACUGGUUGAUUUUAUUUACUUGUUUUAUUAAUCUUGUAUCCAUUUGCAGAAGGGUACUUUUGCUGAUCUCUCUUCCCACUGCAACACCCCCCUCCCCCAAAUUCCUAGCUUUACUGAAGAAUGUCCUAGUUUCAGUAGCCAAAUGAGCCAUCCAGCUGAGGUAAUUCAAGACUUUGUCCAUUAAUUACUAGUGAACAGAAGCUGAUACUAUUUUACACAUAAAUACGUAUAUUUCUUUGGUUUUGAUUGCUUUUUUUCCCAACAACACAGUCUUUGGAUGUAACAGGCUAACAUUCUGUCAUUAAAGCAACAUUAAAAUAGUAGUACAAUGUCACCUAUACAGGUCUAUUUCUGAAUGCUGUCAUAUCAAAGGGAAACUGGUUGAAGCAUUGUGUUUUGCCAUAUUUUAUUUAAAAAGCAUAUUAUAUAUACACACACCCACACAUACAAAAUCAAUAUAACAUUAUUAAUGUCAUUAAGUACUUUCUUCUGUCUGUACACUGCUCUCUGUUCCCACACUGAAGAAAUAAUAGACCCCUGUAAUAACAUCCUAUUGGCAUAAUCCUCUGGGAGCUUUCAGUCUAAACUCUACUGAAAUAAUCAGAACGUGUAAGAAAUCCCUGCCCCUUAAUUUGCAAAAUAGCAAGAAUGAGAACUUUAUGGUCAUAUAUUCUCAUACUAAACAACUCUUCAAGUAAAUGGAAAUAUUUUUACUAACAUAAAGGCAAUUUAAAUAUAAUUUUAAAGUUCUUGGGUGCUAUAUGCCAAUACUUUAUUAGUCCUUGCCCCUUUGAUUUUGGUUUUAGAACAGAUAUAGUCACAAUUAACCUUUCAAGCUUUAAGAGGGCUUUUGCUUAACAGUAGUAAUAUGUAAAACAGCCUUAACAUUUUAGUUUGAUACUGUAUGAAAAAUGUAUUAGAAAAUAUUUUCUCAAAAUUCAGCAUUAUUCAAUAUAUGGCAUGGUUCUAAAGUUGUUAAAAGCUAACACUUUGUACAGGUAUGUUAAAAAAUUCCAUAGAUUGUAUGUAGAUAGCUUAGAAACCAUUACAAGUGUUUUCAGAUGUUUAAGACUUCCAGGUAUUCUGAACAAUUAAAUACGAAUAAAAGUAUUUGCAAAGA